GGCAUGCCUUGCGGCUAGGGCCGCGCGCACGCGCGCUGCGCCGCCGAGGUGGCCCGGCCCGGCCCGGCGUGUCAACAAGGCGCGGCGCUGAUGGCGAAGGCGCUUCAAAACAAGCUGCAGCCCGCGGCGCGCGGACAGGCACGCUGAUUUGAUUUAGCGAGAGCUCCAAAUUAUGCAGGAGACACCCAAGAGAAACAAGCAGUCGCUGCCUUCUCCUGGCGAACCGACGCUUCUUCCCCCUGACAAGAAGAAGAGAGGAGCUCUGGCUGACUUUGUGGCGCUCCUGCCUCCCGAAGUCAGCGUGCAGAUUUUCAGGGCCCUCGAUAUCCGCAGCCUGUGCAGCGCCGCGAUGACGUGUAAGCGCUGGCAGCUCGCCAUUGAUGGCAACGACUGGCUGUGGAAAAGCCACUGCUUAACGGUGAGAGCCGUCUGUCAGCGGGAGAUCGAUGGAGACCGGGGAAGCGGAUACUCGUGGAAGGUGCCUUUAUCUGCAAGGCAAGGAAACACAGAACAGCCAGGUACUUAAUGGAGGAUUCAACUUGAAGGCUGACGAAAGGCAUAGGAUGAGCAAGCUGGAAACAGUAGGAAAAUUUCAAACAAACCAGCCACCUUAAGCUUUUAAUCCUAAUGGAGGGAAAGCUGAGAAAAGCAAAACAUUUAUCAACUGUGUAAGAUAAUGCUGCCACUGCAAAUGACCAUGACAAUACUCCCACAAAAGCUUCAUUCAUCUGCUCAUUUGAGUGGCUAUUUUAAAUAGCUUCCACUAUUUUUCCAUCACAAUGCUAAAGAAAAAGAAUACUAUGCAAGUUUAGCUAGGAAGACCUAGUGACAAGGUUUUGGAAGAUACUAUAAAUAGAAAUAUGCCAUAAAUGGCUUUAAUACUGUUUCUUCUAACACGUUGACCAAACUGGCUGGCUUUUCUAAUGAACAUUUAUUCUUGAAGAUCACUGUUCUGUAGACAUUUUCAAUAUCACUAAGUUACACUGCUCAUUAAAAUCACUCUAACACACAACUCUUCUAACACACGUACUUAGAGAUAACCACACUGGGAGCAACUCAGAUGCUCAAACAGGGAAAUGAUCAUGACACUCAAUGCCCAUGAAGAAACCAAACAUCUACACACGGCACAUAGAUAUGAGGACACUAAAGGAAGUUUCUGCUGUUCUAGAAAAAUGACUAAAGACCAUGUGGUGUGUCGUAGGACACCUAAAAAUAGCACCAGACAUUUAUAUUUACGUAUCUGAAUUGCAUUCUAUGAUGCCCAAAGUAGUUGCCACACGUUCUCUUAGCUCUUUUUAAAAAAAGUAGGAAGUUUAGUUUAAACUAGUUUUAAGAAAGGGGAGGUAGCUGGCAGAAAGAGGAAAAAGGGGAAACAGAACAUCUAGCUGGGGAAAAAAAAUAAAAUCUUUUUUUAAAUAAUAAAACAGUUAGAAAAAAAA